CACAUUCCAUUCCUUUCGGUUUACCUGAGUCAUCAAUACUGUACACGUAUAGCCGUCGCCACCUCGUUCAUACCAGAUUCUCCCUCUCGAAGAUUCGCGUAUCGGCACAGAUAGUCCCGUCAGCCCUGUUCUCAUUACUCCACAUCGAACCCUGGCACAUUGACCUAAAAUUCCCCAUCCCAGCCGAGAACCUGAGGACUCCCGCCCACUUCAUCUUACGAAUACCAAAAAGCACCUUCGUCGACGCUACCUAUUCUUCUCGCCCAACGGUGUCGUGCUUCUUGAAAAUAUCACGGUCGACCUCUAUAUCUCUAACAAAUUCUUCACUGUCCUCGAGUGUACAAUGUCUUGGUUCCCUGGACAGGGCGGCUACGGCGCUCAACAACAUAACAACUACGGCGGAUACCCUCCCUCACAUUCUCCGUCACCAUACCCGCCUCAGGGCUACAACCAAGGCUACGGUCAACAGCCAUAUCCCCCUCCACAGUCGUCACAACCGUACCCGCCUCAUGGUUACGGCGCUCCUCAGUACAGCCAACCUCCGCCAAAUGUAGCACCAUAUGGCUAUAAUAAUCCCCCUCCUUCGCAGGGUGGCUACGGAGGAUACGCAAGCCCGCCUCCUCAGCCAAAUGGCUAUCCUGGACCCCGACCAGGCAUGCCCUCCUCAUAUAACAACAACCAGUCACAAGGCCAUGGCAACCCAAGACCUCCGCCUACUGCUCCCCAGCAGUUUGGAGCCGGAGCACCAGCAGGAUAUUCGUUCCAAUACUCAAACUGUACGGGAAAGCGGAAAGCGUUACUGAUAGGUAUAAACUAUUUUGGUCAGAGAGGACAACUGAGAGGUUGUAUCAAUGAUGUGAAGAACAUGUCGACCUAUCUCAAUCAGAAUUUCGGCUAUGCUAGAGAGGACAUGGUAAUCCUCACAGACGACCAGCAGAACCCAAUGUCACAACCGACAAAAGCCAAUAUACUUCGAGCUAUGCAUUGGCUCGUCAAAGAUGCGCGUCCGAAUGACUCACUAUUCUUCCAUUACAGUGGCCACGGUGGCCAAACGCCAGAUCUUGAUGGAGAUGAAGAAGAUGGAUAUGACGAAGUAAUAUACCCUGUCGAUUUCCGGAACGCGGGUCACAUUGUGGAUGACGAGAUGCACCGCAUCAUGGUCAAAUCACUACCUCCUGGUGUACGGCUGACGGCAAUAUUCGACUCUUGCCACUCAGGCUCAGCACUCGACCUGCCGUACAUCUACUCUACCCAAGGUGUCCUCAAAGAGCCCAAUUUGGCCAAAGAAGCCGGCCAAGGCAUGUUGUCUAUCAUCUCGUCCUAUGCUCGUGGAGACAUGGGCGGCAUGGCCUCUACAGCUAUGGGCUUGUUCAAGAAAGCUACGACGGGUAACGCCAUUAACGAACGCAACAAGCAAACCAAGACGAGUCCUGCGGAUGUGAUCAUGUGGUCAGGCAGCAAAGACUCUCAGACUAGUCAGGACGCCAACAUUGCAGGAGAAGCCACUGGCGCCAUGAGCUGGGCUUUCGUGACGGCGUUGAAGAAAAACCCACACCAGAGUUAUGUUCAGUUGUUGAACAGCAUCCGUGAUGAAUUGGCUGCCAAAUACAGUCAAAAACCGCAGCUGAGCUGUUCCCACCCUCUAAACACGGAUUUACUAUAUGUGAUGUGAACAACGAGACGCAGGAGGAUAGUCAUGAUACCCGGGCCUAUGGUGCCAUGGAAUGGUUCUUAGCACGCUUCAACAUUGUAUAGUCGGCGUUUCCUGAGCGGCUUCCCCUGGACAUGCCACAAGUUUCUAAUGGAAGUGGGAAAAGUCAUGGCGUGAAAGGGCGAGCACAGAGUAUAAUUGAACCUAUUCAUCACA